AUGAGGUCCUGGUUAUUUAUCUGCACCUUUCUGGGCAUCACCUUCAUCCAUGAUGUCUCUUCCCAGACCUGUCUAUGUGCCCGGGGCUUUUGCGCAAGAGGCUGGGUGCAGUAUAAGUCUGCCUGCUACAAGGCUGUGAUGCAGCGAAAGACCUGGACUGAAGCCGAGAUGUCUUGCCAGAGUUAUACUCCAACUUCCCACUUGGCCUCCAUCCAUAGCAUGGAAGAAAAUGACUUCAUUUUUCAUCUGAUGGGCAAGCCAAUGAAUUAUGUGAAAUAUGAGGCCUAUUGGAUUGGAGCACAUGACACCUUCAAGGAGGGAACCUUUGUAUGGACAGAUGGCUCCAGAUUUGAUUUCCACUCAUAUCCUCCUAAUCAGCCUGAUGGACUGAAGGGAGAAAACUACCUUGGCUCCUGGUUUUUACAAAACGGACAUAUCACCUGGAAUGAUUACGUCAAUUCAUGGACAUUCUCAUUUGUUUGCAAAUACUCUCUAGCAAAUAGGAAUCUAUUACUUCCAAGCCUUAACCAAAACAAUGAUGUCCUUCAGGCUGAUGAAUAAACUGUAAGUAUAGAACAAUUGUUGGGAUGUUAUUGGCUUAAAGAGGUGUCACAGCUUCAUUUCCUACAGUGAAGGCUGUCUUGCAGGAAGACAGCAACAUGUGUUUUGGUCUCAAAUAUUUGUUUGCUGGCCAGCUGGUGGCUCUCCCACUUUAGGGACAUAUGCAUAUCUCCCCUGAUGAGAAAAGGCAAGAACACAGUCUAAGAUGAAGCUUUGAGCUGAUUAUUCAACUGUUUUUGACCGUUUUUAAAAUCCGAUAUAGCAAUGCUAAAAAAGAUCUUGAAAGAUGUGUACCCC